AACAGAAACCAGUAAAAACCAACGAGACGCAGCAGCGGCAGAAGCAGCAGAAAACACGAAGUGCAGAGCCCAAACCGAAGGCUGGUGCUCACUCGGUUACCAAGGCAACUUCGUCGGGCUCACAACAAAAGGAUAAGCCAAGCCAAAGUCCUCGUAACAGGACGACCAGACCAGCCAGCAAACUAGUCAGCAAGUCAAGCCGGAGCUCAGUUGCAGCAGCGCAACGCAUUUGCCCAGACGCACAACUCGCGAUUCGCGGCCAAAACUUAGAGUUACGGAAAUAGACUUGCCUUGGCCAUCGAUCGUUAUACUAGCUACACUUGGAAAAAAACGCAGCUAAUCCUUAAUUGAGAGAAUAAAAAUGCAUAUCAAGUUCUCAUAAUCAGUCAGUGUUGUCUUCUUGUGCUUUAUAACGAAAAAUCAUUGAGUUAUAGCCGCAGUGAAAUGUCUCUAAAACGUUAUGCAACUCUGCUGGCCUUUGGUCAAAACCAAAAUCCAAGUCAAAAUCACACAACAACAUCGUCAUUGGUGGUGGCCACAACGGAGGGCAUUCCAUCAUCAUCAUCGUAUGGAAGUUUUAACAGCGAGGAGCUGGUGUCCCAAUCCCAGGAGCAUAUGUCAUCCUCGUCCUCGAUUUCGACGCACACCACCUACUACACCGGCGGAUUGGGGCAGUAUCAUCAGCAGCGCGGUGGAUCCGGAUCUGUCAUCUCCGGUGUUGGCGGCGGUGGAGGACCUGGUGGACCCCAGACGUAUGCAAAUGUAGUCAACGGCAAUGUGAAUCUGCUGCUCGGCGGGGCGAUGCUUUCCCUGGUGACAACCAUAUUGUGUGUGGUCUGCUAUUGUUGCCAUCGGAAUAUCAAAAAGCGGACUGAGGCCGCCUACAGGCAGCACCAGCAUCAGUGGCUCGAAGGCGAUCCCAACAUGGAAAUAUACAGCGUGGAACAGUGCUACGAGACAUCUGGCCUGUUUCUGGGGGACUCCACAGAUGGGCUGUCCGCCGUGCCCGCCCUGCACCACGAACCACCGCCCUCGUACGACGCGGUGGUGCUGCACGAGCAGCAACUCCACCAGCAACAGCUGGAGCAGCAGCAGCAGCAGCAAUUGCAGCUGCAACUGCAACAGCAGCAGCAGCAGCUACUGAUGCAGCGCGUCUCACCGCCGCCGGGAUACCGAUCCUCGCUGGACAUCAGCGGAGGGCAGGGACAGAGAACGACUAGCUUCGGUCGCGGCACACCCGAUGGCAGUGGGGAUGUGGCCGUGGCCAGUGGCAGUGCUGGAACUGGAGGCCUGCUGGUCAACAAGCAGUUGCAGCUGGCCCUGAACGCCCAGUCCUGCUGCUCAUUGCAGCGGGCCGAGGUGGAGAGCAUGUGGAAUGCGGCGGCGGCGGCGGUGGCUGCCCGCAGCGGAAAUUGCCUGGAAAUGGAGACGCUGCAGGUGUGCAAGCCGGCGGCCCAGAAUAUCAGAUUGAACACCUUCGGGCGGCGGUAUUUGCAGCAGAGCCACCAGCACAGUGCCAACCACUACCGACGUGGCUGUCCGCUGUGCGGCAAGUUCCGUUACGAAGGCGAGGCGGAAGAUGAGCCCCUAACUGCCGCUCUGUCCGUGGAGAGCGGUCUCAAUAUGAGCGGGCGCAGAGAGGAGCCGGCCCUGUGUCCCUGUCCCAGCGACAUCGAUAAUGGCAACCACAUUUCUGGCGAUGCCCAGCAGGAGGACGAGGCCAACGGGAAUGUUCAGGAAUGUUCCACUAGGGAUGACUCCAUACCGUCUAUACCCACAAACGCUGUCAAUGAUGAAAAUGACAACGCAGCAACGUCGGACUCACCAGCAACAUCCCAAAAUGACAAAGGACCGGAGAUGGAGGUGGAACAGGAGCUGGAUCAGGCAAUGGGCCAACAGGUCGAACAGGAUUUGAACAACAUUAACGAAAACGGCAUCAUCAGCCUGGACAUGAGUAAAAUCAUUGACAGAUCGGGACUGCCCACAUACGAGGGAGCCAUCAAACUGGAGUCCAGUGGUUAUGUGUGAGCCCCAUUAGGAAUUUAUAUUGGUUAAUACUCUGUAAUUCGAAAACCUUCAACACAAGUGUGCUUAACUAUGAUUAAGGUACGGUUUAAAGAACCCAAAAUUUUAAGUUUCGGUUUUAAAGAUGACUUAGAUCUUACUACAGUUAAACAAGAAUAGCACUCUUAAAAUGUACUAAUAGUAUAUACCAUUAAUUUCUAUGAGAAGUUUUGAGCUUAUGAAGGAAUUAUCCGCUGUGGUAAGAGAGAAAAUGUUAAGCAAAAACGAAAACAAUAAUUUAAACGUUCAAGUGUUUAGACAUAAGCCCAUGCAUAUCCCUGUAAAUGUUCGUUUCGAAUACUCGUAUCAAUAAAAUCAAAAGCUGUAAUUGAAAGCAACAAGCGACUUAAUAAGUAACCUCAAUUCGCAACCUUUGCCUUAUUACAAACGCAGUUUUGAGUUUAUAAUGCUCGGUCGAAGGCAAUCCGAUUGAUUUUGAAUUAAAUAC